CUUAGUGCUGCUGGGAGCAUCAAUAAUUGUGUGCAGGGACUCGGAAAAAUUAAAUAGACUCUAGUUUUUCUGCUCUUUCGACUAUUUUUAAAUAGUCUUUAAAUUGAGCACCAAGUCCAGCCCUGAGGAGUGGGCUUUUACCUGAGAGUCAAGUAUGAUUCUUCUUUGUCAAAAUCCUAAGAGGCUGCAAAACCAAUAUCAACUAUUCCGCCAAAAAAGGAAUUAGUUUUGCUCAUCGUCGUUCCUGUUUUUUGAGUCAAAAAUACAGAAAUUAAUUGAUAAGAAAGGGAAGACUGGAAAUAGGACUUUGUAGAAGGCGCAGAGAGAGGUGCUGAGGCGGAUCAGGCUCCAUCAUUAUGGAAGAAAAUGCUCGCCGAGACGCAGAGCGCCCAGAGGACUCCGGCGAGCAGUCCAACCGGGCCAUGCUGCCUCUCCUCCAGCCACCCGGCAACCAGCAGACCCACAGGAUCACCAACUUUUACAUCGACAACAUUUUAAGACCGGACUUCGGCCGAAAGACGAAGGACGGGGCUCUGGUCCGGGAGGGAGACAGUCUGGGAGUGAUCCUAGGAAGACAGCAGCUGACAGGGAGAAAGUCCUCCAAAACUGGCAACCCGCAGCAGGGUGGAGUAGGAGGCGAGGAGGAGGAGGAGGACAAGGGAGCAUCCGACGACCAGCAUCCGGACGCUGAGGCCAGGAGGCCUGACCUGGAAGCCGGUGAAGUGGCUGUGAAGGGCCGCCAGGCCAGCUCGGCCCCUGCGGCCAAGCCGAUGCUGUGGCCGGCCUGGGUUUAUUGUACCCGCUACUCAGACCGUCCGUCGUCAGGGCCCAGAUCCCGCAAACCAAAGAAGGCGCCGACCCCGAGUAAAGACGACAAGCGGCCCCGGACGGCCUUCACCGCGGAGCAGCUGCACCGGUUAAAAAUGGAGUUCCAGAACAACCGGUACCUGACCGAGCAGCGGAGGCAGAGCCUGGCCCAGGACCUUGGCCUUAACGAGUCUCAGAUCAAAAUCUGGUUUCAGAACAAACGGGCCAAAAUCAAGAAAACCGCCGGGAAUAACAACUCUCUGGCGCUCCAUCUGAUGGCGCAGGGACUGUACAACCACUCCACGGCCAAGGACGCCAAGUCGGACAGCGACUAGACGACAGCGGCGGCCGGAGGGCGUCCUGGACCAUGCAAUAAAAUCACUUCAGUACCAGCAGUCAUACUUCAAACUCUAGCAGAGACGACAGGGUGACAUUUUGUUUGAGUGUGUGAGAGUGUGUGUGUGUGUGUGUCGGCUUCGUGUCCUCAGGGCCGUAGUUAUGAUGAUGCUGCGUUCAUAUUCCAUCCAGAAGUCGGACAUUUCCGAGGUGGAGCUACACCUGUUACAUUCAGAGGGCCGGAUAAAGCAGCCAACUGUAACGCAUGCAGCAGCUACAGUUAGCUGUGUUGAUUUGGGGCUGAAAGGCCGACCGAAUGACCGAAUGACCGACUGACCUUUCAGAAUCGGUCGUCCGUCAUUGAGAAAAGAGUAGCCUAUGGACUAUUUGGAUGCUCAUUUGUUAGCUAAAAUCCACCAGCCACUGGCAGGUAAUACAGUUCGUUUCAGAUAGGCCUGCCAUUUACGUUUAGCAGAAAACGUGUUUUGAUAUAAUAAAGAUUAUGCAUUACUAAAAAAAAAAAAAAUCAAGUUAAGGACCAUUUUCAACAUUAAGAUGAAUUCAAAUGUUGAUCAUGGUUUGAACAGUGUGGCCCGCCAUCUUGAGUUGACAUCAGGUAACAUUAUCUCAGAAACCUUCCAAACUGGGAGAGCUGUGUGGAGAAACAACCGACAUUCUGUCAUCGCUGUAAUGCAGCGCUGUCCGGGGUCAAAACGGGCCGAGAGAGGGGGCCAGCCGGAACGAAUCCAGGCCCGAUCCGGACGGCUGCUGGGCCUGCUGUUCGCAGAGUUUCCAAAGUGUGAGCGCCACACAGUUCCUACCUGCCUGCUGACCUUCUGCCCUCCGACAUUACAUUUAGACUCAGCAGAGCACAGCUCCUCUUCAGCAGCUCACCCAGCGGACGCAAACCGUACACCUACACUUUACACUGUACCGCUGGGGAAAAGCGAGACUUAGGACGGACCGGGCACAGAAGAGAAAUCUGUGAUGUUUUUUAGAGGCGGGAAAAGUCAGCCAACAACAUCCAAUAGGAGCUGAGAAAACGACGAGCUCGAGCGACGAGGAGAGUGGACCGGACAGCCGUCACGCGCACCACAGCCCGGUGUCCCGCCGUGCUCAACUGUUGUGUCUGAUGAACUUUAUUGAUUAUGAAAACUAUAUGCUGAAAUCCAAAGAUUUUUUCUGCUGCAUUCUGGGAACUGUGAAUUGAGAAAAUCGCCUUCUUUGUGUCGUCUGUGUUUUGUAGCCUACUUUCUGACUUUCCUCUCCGUUCUGACUGUGUUCUGUCGGCGGGCGAAGCAGCCUUCACAGCCGGUAACGAAGCAGCCUUCACAGCCGGUACAGGGCGAAUGUAACGACACAUUUUAUACCUGGAAUUAAAGGCCGGCUUCAUAGACGCUGUCGGCUGAACAGUAUUUAAUAACAGAUUCACUAAAGAACUGGCAACUGAACACAUUAGCCCACUCCGGUCUUGACUUGAAUUUCUUAUCUGAUUUUAGAUGCUGAAAGAAAGCGUCCGUUUUUAUUUGUAUUUUCCAUUAAGGCGUAGGGCAACACUUCUUUGAAAAGAUGUCCAUUUAAAUUACCAGCACACCCUUUUAGCCCAAAGCCCUUUAAACUCUUCACAAUGGCCGUCAGGCUAGCGCCACCGAGGCUUUCCUUCCAUUCAUCUCCAGCCGUCUGCCGACUUUGGCACCGCACCCACCCACCCACCCACCGGCCGAACCCGAACCCGAACCCGGACCCGAACCAUGGACCUGCACCAGGGGCGACGAAUGUUCACGGAAAUAGGCAAGGUUUUAGCCUAUCUGUUGCUAACAAAGACUAUUAUAUUCUUAUUUAUAAUACACCGAGCAUCUACAGCCACGUGGAAACGGGGCUCUGGAGUGUUUACGUAACUUAUUUUUCCUGCAAUAACGUCUGUCUGAAUGCUCCGUCUGACAGGCCUCUGCCGGGUCUAGUUCAUGUGGAUCCAAACCAAAUCGUGGUCUUACGAUGCUGUGAAUGUUUUUUUUUAUUUUCUCUACUGUGUCACAGGAAGUCUUUUCGGGUUUUUUUGCAAUUCAUGAAUCAAUCACAAACCUGGACAAGCUCUGCCUUAAAAGUUAUGUAAAUCCAGCCUGAAAUAUUUAGUGUAGAACGAAAGAGCAGCUGUGUUUUCUAGAAUGGGAGUUUGACAUCGGAAUUUUUAAAGAUAAAAUAAUGAACACACUUAGUUGCCCCCCCUCUCUUUUAUAUGACCCUACAUGUAAAUAAUUUAUAUCAUAACGGUGUGAUGGUAAAUAAAAAACAGCAAUGCAAA